UGUUAUCAGUCCGCAUAAUUUAAACUUUUUGUCUUCUUAAUAAAUAUAUUUUGUUUUGAAUUUUUAACACUUUUUACUUUUAUGAAUCAUGUAAAAAGAAACAUUCAAGAUCUAUAAUAUUUUUCAUAAACAACCGUCAUGCAUCCAGAUUUGUCACCUCAUUUGCACACUGAUGAGUGCAAUAAUCUUACUAUCGAAUUUAACAACUGUAAUGUAGAUCAUAAAAUCUUGAGAUUUUUCGGAAGUUGUGACAAAGCGUAUGACCGAAUGGUAAAUUGCUUUCAUUUAGAGCGUAAAGCCAAACAGCUUCAAAAUAAUGAAAAUGCAUUGAAACGGCAAGCAGAAAUUAGACAAAGAAUAUUGAAAGAGAUGAGAGCAGAAAAGGAAAUGGGUAUAAUUGAUGAUUAACAUGUACAUUUUGUAGGUUAUAGAAAUUAUUAAAUAAACAUUACUUAUUUUUUGUGGA